CGGGCGGCGGCGGCGGCGGCGCGGGCGCGGGGCUCGCUCCUCGUGCUCGGCGUUGAGCCCCCGCUGCCGCCGCGACCGCCACGGCCGCCGCUGUGGUGGACCCUUCCCGCCCGGCCCUAGGGUGCGCCCUGCACGGCUCCCACUGGUGUCCCUGGAGCAUGGGAGGCUGCUGCGCUUGAGUGGCUGAGUCUGGCAGGAGCUGCGUGUCUUACCCUGUGGCAGGGAAGGCAUCCAUGGCUGCAGCCAACAAGGGCAAUAAGCCCAGAGUCCGGAGUAUCCGCUUUGCAGCAGGCCAUGAUGCAGAAGGCUCCCAGAGCCAUGUCCACUUUGAUGAGAAGCUGCAUGACUCUGUGGUCAUGGUCACCCAGGAGAGUGACAGCAGCUUUCUGGUCAAGGUUGGCUUCCUGAAGAUCCUGCACAGGUAUGAGAUUACCUUCACUCUGCCCCCAGUGCACAGGCUGAGCAAGGACAUCCGAGAAGCACCAGUCCCCAGCCUACACCUCAAGCUCCUCAGCAUCAUGCCUGUCCCAGAAGGUGUGUCCCUUGCUCAGGUGCUGGAGGCCUGUUCUCUUCCAGCAGGAAGUUACAGUGUCAAGUGUGAGUACUCAGCUCACAAGGAGGGCGUCCUGAAGGAGGAGAUGCUGCUAGCCUGUGAAGGUGGCGCUGGCACCUGUGUGCGAGUGACAGUGCAGGCCCGCGUCAUGGACCGACACCACGGCACACCCAUGCUGCUUGAUGGGGUCAAGUGCGUGGGUGCUGAGCUAGAAUACGACUCCGAGCACAGCGACUGGCACGGCUUCGACUGAGGCCUGAGGCCCUGCACGCCUCGGGGCCCCACAGCCUUAAACCCCACCUCAUCUCCCCGAAUGCUGUGUGAUGGUGUGGCUUCCUCGCCCCUCCCCGGGGUGGGGGCGGGGGUGGGGUGUCUAGGGGCCUCUCACCUCUGCCUUUAUUGUGCCACCUCCCUGCCUCUCCUGCGUCCUCCUCUCCCACUUCCUCCUCUCCGUGUGCCUCAGUCUCCUGCCGGAAGAAAUGGGUUGAGCCCCUAAGGAGGCUAUCUGAGGAGGGGAGGGGGGCGCCUGGGGUGGGUUCUGCCCACCCCUACCCCAAGCCAUAGGGGAUCUAGCCAGGGCUUGGGAGAGGAGGGAGCUGGCUCUGUGACGUCGUCACUCCCAUUACUGCUGCUGCUGGCUGGCUUUAGCCCUCCCGUGCUCCCUCCCUCUUUCCUACUGCUGUCAGCGCUGAGUAGGAGGGAGGCGCAGUCCCCAAGCCCUAGCCCCCAGGUCUGUGUUACUUGGUUUUUAAAGGACUGGUUGGGAUAAAACCGUAAAGAAAUAAAAGUUUCAGUGGAUACCAGG